UUUAUAGCACAGAACAUAGAUAUCACUUAUCAGAACCACUCUAGCUCGCUCGUGAAGUCCCUCUUCUCUCUCUCUCUCUCUCUCUCUCUCUCUCUCGUGUUUGUGUGUCGAGAGAGAGAGAGCUUCCUAGUGAAUCAUACGGACUUGAGCAAACUCAAUCCCGCCGACUCUGUUUUUCCUGGCAAGUCCCUUCUCUCUCUCUCUCUCUCUCUCUCGUGUGUGGAGAGAGAGAGCUUUCUUGUGGAUCGUACGAACUUGAUCAGCAAGCUCAAUCCCAGAAGGCUGCCGACUCUGUUUUUCCUGGAAUAUGGAUAAUCGUGUAGAAGAGAGGCUACUUGGAUCAGAAGAGGAAGGUCGUAGCGAUCUAAAAUGGAGGAUUUGGGUUGAAUCCAAAAAGAUAUGGAGGGUUGCAGCUCCUGGGAUUUUAGCCAGAGUAUCGUCAUUUGGCCUUCUGGUGGUGACACAAUGUUUCAUCGGACAUAUAAGUGAAUUGGAUCUUGCAGCCUACGCACUUGUACAAUCACUGACCGUGCGGUUUGUAAAUGGGAUACUAUUGGGAAUGUCGAGUGCAACUGAAACUCUUUGUGGGCAAGCAUUUGGAGCAGAGCAAUACCACAUGAUGGGCAUAUACUUGCAACGAUCAUGGAUUGUUGAUUUUGUCACCGCGACUAUCUUGCUCCCUUUUUUCAUCUUCACAACACAAAUCUUUGAGCUACUUGGUGAAGAAACAGCGAUCUCAGAAGUAGCCGAAACAAUCUCCAGCUGGUUCAUUCCCUUCAUCUACAACUUUGUCUUCACCUUGACCAUCCAAAUGUAUCUGCAAGCACAGCUGAAGAACAUGGUCAUAGCAUGGCUUUCAGUUGGGUCAUUCAUUUUUCAUUUGGCCCUGUCCUGGUUAUUCGUGACGAAACUAAGCCUUGGAAUACCUGGCGCAAUGGGUGCAUUGAACAUAUCUUCUUGGCUAGUGGCGUUCGGAGAGUUUGCGUACAUUUUCGGAGGUUGGUGCCCUCUCUCAUGGAAAGGAUUCUCCAAAGCUGCCUUCUCUGAUCUAUGGCCUCUUAUAAAGCUCUCAGUAGCCUCCGGCAUAAUGCUUUGCCUAGAGUUGUGGUACAAUUCCAUUUUAGUUCUGAUCGCCGGAUACAUGUCAAAUGCAGAGGUUGCCAUUUCUGCCUUCUCGAUCUGCCUUAAUGUCAGUGCUUGGCAGUUCAUGGUGUGCCUCGGUUUCCUUGGUGCUUCAUGUGUGCGUGUUGCAAAUGAAUUGGGAAGAGGUGAUGCGAAAGCUGUGAAGUUUUCGAUUAUAGUUGUUCUGGCUACUUCAGUCCUGCUUGGGUUGGUGUUCUGCAUCCUUUGUUUAAUAUUUGGCAGCAGCAUCGGCUACAUUUUCUCAAGCAAUGAGGAAGUUAUCGAAACUGUUGCAGACCUCUCCGUGUUACUUGCCGUCUCAAUGCUAUUCAAUAGCAUUCAGCCGGUGCUCACGGGGGUGGCCGUUGGUGCUGGUUUGCAGGGUACAGUGGCUGUUAUAAACCUCUGUUGCUAUUAUGUGAUUGGGAUUCCAAUAGGAGUUCUUCUUGCUUAUGUUGCUGAUCUUGAAGUUAAGGGAAUAUGGAUCGGAAUGCUUUCUGGGAUCGCAAUGCAAAUCCUUGCACUAACCUUCAUGGUAUGGAGAACUGACUGGGAGUUGCAGGUGAGUAAGGCAUCCGAACGGCUCGGCCGAUGGUUUUUGAAACCCGAGGAACCAGAUGAAAACCUCAAUAAUCAUGCUUGAUACUUGGGAGAGCUGGAGAUUUCUCGAAGAACUAUCUAUAUCAGUAGAAGGCAUUUUCAUGUUUCAUUAAUUUCUCCGAAUUUUGAUUGUUCUACUCCUAGAGGUUCCAAAACCACCAUAGAAAUUCGUCGGUUUUCGUUAGUUCGGCAAUAUGGGUAAUCCAGACAUGGGAGAUUUGAGUUAAGCUAACUAUGUUUUGCUAACAACUGUGAAAUUGGGGCUCAUAAUUUUGCUACAGUUUGCAAGUACAUACUGCCUGUGCUGCUUUUUGCUAAAGUUAAAGGUUUAGCAAUGCUGUUUUAUUUAA